GCUGCUAGCUUGGUGGAAACGACAAAGCUAACGUUAUCUGGCUGCUAACACUGGAAUCUAAAGGACAAACUGCUAACAGCCGCUGAGUGUUGGUGUGUGUCUGCACCUCCUCAGAGAUGAUCCUCGUCAGCCUCCUCCGGUUGUCGCCAUGGUGCAGAUGAUGGAGUCGCAGUGCGAGUAUUUCAUGUAUUUCCCGGCGGUGCCCAUCACGGACCUGUCGGACCCGGCCCGGUACCGCACUCUGCCCCGCCGGAGUCACCUCUACCUGGGCGAGACGGUCCGCUUCCUCCUGGUGCUGCGCUGCAGGGACGGAGGGGCGACGCCGACCGAGCACGGCCCCGCAGGCGGUGACGUUGGCGCCGCCGCAGGCUUUGGGACGGAGUCGGCCAGCAGCCGGGCGUGGAGGGAGCUGGCCGGCUCGCUGUGCGCCGUGGCCAGCGUGAGUCCAGGCGAGAGUAGCCGCCACAGAGGCAACCACCACCAGCAUCACCACGACUACCAAAGCAGCGGGGACGAGGCCAACGAGGACGGCGAGGAGGACUACAUCGCUGCAGCGGAGGCAGCUAUUGCGGCGCUCGGAAGCAGAGUGGACUCAAGGUGUCGCAGCUUCAGGGACUGCAAGCCGCUGCUCAUCCACAACUCAUCUGGGACGGCGGCGAGGGAGUUCCGCAGGGCGCCCGUUCAGUCUCCUCUGGACGAGCCGGUGGUUCUGACGGAUGAAGUGAUCUUCCCCCUCACCGUCUCUCUGGACAAACUCCCCGUCAGCACCCUGAAAGUCAAGGUGAUGGUCACGGUGUGGAAGAGGGAGGCGGAGAAAGUGGAGGUGCAGGAACUCGGCUACCUGAGCGUCCUGCAGCAGCGAGAACCGACACACACCUUCAGACACGACCUGAACACCUUCAAGGCUCAGGUGAGCACCACCCUGACCGUCCUGCCGCCUCCAACCGUCCGCUGUAAGCAGAUGACCGUCUCUGGGAGGCACCUCGCCAUCCUCAAAGUGCUGAACGAGUCGUCUCAGGAGGAGGUGAGUAUCCGGGAUGUUCGGAUUUUACCAAACCUCAACGCCUCCUACCUUCCCAUGAUGCCAGACGGCUCCGUGCUGCUGGUGGACAACGUGUGCCACCAGUCAGGCGAGGUCGGCAUGGCGUCUUUCUGCAGAGUGGACAGCCUGGCUGGCCGCCUUCCCAGCAUGCUAAGCGCUUUGGAGGAGCACGACUUCCUGUUCCAGCUGCACCUAAACGACAUGCCGCAGGACGACUCCAACGAGGGGCUGGAAGUUCCCCUGGUCGCUGUGCUGCAGUGGUCAACUCCCAAGAUGCCGUUCACCAACUGUAUCUACACACACUACAGGCUGCCAAGUAUCCGUCUGGACCAACCGCGGUUCGUCAUGACGGCGAGCUGUCCGAGCACCGUCAGGGUGAAGGAGCACUUCAAGGUCAAAUAUGUUCUGCUCAACAACCUGCAGGACUUCCUCGCUGUCCGGCUCGUCUGGACUCCAGAGGGUCGUGGUCAGAGCGAGGACACGACGCUGGCGGCCGUCGUCUGUCACACUCCUUUCAGUAACCUCGGUCACUGUCGGAAAGGAAGCACUCUGUCGUUCAGCGUCGCCUUCCAGAUCCUCAAACCGGGACUGUACGAGCUGAGUCAACACAUGAAGCUGAAGCUUCAGUUCACAGCGUCCGUGUCCAACCCUCCUCCUGACGCUCGGCCGCUGUCACGUAAAAACAGUCCGUCCAGCCCGGCGGUUCGAGACCUGCUGGACCGACACCAGGCCAGUCUGGGUCGAUCUCAGUCCUUCUCCCACCAGCAGCCGUCUCGAUCCCACAUCAUGAGGACGGGCAGUGCCAUGGAGCGGCGGGCCAUCACUCCUCCCGUCGGCUCUCCGGUCGGUCGGCCUCUUUAUUUGCCGCCGCAGGACAAAACUCUGCUGUCGCUGGACAAGAUCGCCAAGAGGGAGUGUAAAGUCCUGGUGGUGGACCCCGCCACCUAGGGAGCAAGGAGGGAGAGAUGAGAUGAAACGACAGGGACACGGUGAGGAGAGACCUCGAAAGAAGAAAAUAGAUUCUUUUAAUUUAUCUGGAAAAUCGGAGGACUUGAAACUUGAAACGUCCUGAAGCGUUGGUGUUUCCUGCUGCUGUCAGAGAGGCGGGAACACGAGGACGCUGCAAGUGAAACGUGUAACGUGACGUACUGUCGCGGUUCUGUUAUUUAACUGGACGCUCGAGGUGAAAGGACAAACGUUUGUUUUAAAUGCUGAAUUCAGCUUUUCUUUCAGUGUUAUCAGACUGUUCAGUCACAGUAACCAGGUUCCAACAUGCUUACUGUCAGGAAGUCUUGUUUUAAAGGAGCAGUACGUAAAAUAUGGCCAGAAUCUUAGUUUGAAACAUUGACCAGGCUAUGAUGUUGUGUCAGAGACGUCUGCUGAAGUUAGCAUGCUAACCAGCUAGCCUCAGUCCAACCUGUCUCCUAGUACCACUUUACUUUAUUCUGAAAACACCUUUAGAUUGUAAACAUAAGAACUCAACAAAAUAAACUCACAAGAUGUCCAAAACUUUUCCUCACUUUUCCGUACAUCGUUGCCAUGGAAUUCUGGCCAUGUUUGACAAAUUACACCUUUAAUAUAAUCGGAUGUGAUUUCAUGUUUCAGUUCUCUGUUUCACAGUCUGACUUGUUUACAUUAAAGGAGCAAUAUGUAAGAAUUUCAGCUGAAAACCUACAGGAUGUGAAUAAAACAGUCUUGAUGUCUGUGUAUUGUGCUGCAGAGAUGUCCACUGACGUUAGCAUGCUAACCAGCUAGCCCCGGCCCGCCGCACUCCAAAGCCAGUCUUGCUAGCGCCGUGAACACUCUCACUCCUUGGGCCAGCAUUAACCGCUAGCUACACGGCUAACUGAGCUAACAAGCAAAGGGUGGCUACAGUUAGCAGCAGUUAGCAGUUCGGAGUAUGAAUUCGACAGUUGGCUAAUUCUUACAUAUUGCACAUUAAACGUUUUCUAAAAUA